GGGCGUAAGGAUGCCGGAGUUUGAUGUGAUUGUUCUGGGAACCGGACUGAAGGAAUGUGUUUUAUCUGGACUGAUGUCUGUCAACGGGAAGAAGGUCCUUCAUAUGGACUCCAACCCGUAUUAUGGAGGAGAAAGUGCCUCGGUUUCCCCUCUGGAGGAGCUUUAUAAGAAGUUCCAGGUUUCUGCUCCUUCAAAAUCAAUGGGAUGCGGGAAAGACUGGAACGUGGAUCUGAUUCCCAAGUUCCUGCUUGCAAACGGUCCUCUGGUGAAGAUGCUGCUGUACACUGAGGUCACGCGGUAUCUUGACUUCAAGGUGAUUGAAGGCAGUUUCGUCUAUAAAGGAGGGAAAAUUCACAAAGUCCCCUGCACUGAGACAGAAACACACAAUACAGAUCUGAUGGGGAUGUUCGACAAGCGGCGCUUCCGUAAGUUCAUGUCCUUUGUGCUGAACUUCGAGGAGAACGAUCCGCGGACGCAUCACGACAUGGACCCGCACAGAACCAAUAUGAGGGACGUGUUUCGCCACUUCGACCUGGGAGACGAUGUGGUGGAGGUCACAGGUCACGCUCUGGCCCUUCACGUCAAUGACGAUUUUCUGGAGCAGCCGUGUCUGAUGACCAUACAGAGGAUCAAGCUGUACUCCGAGUCUCUGGCACGGUACAGUCUCAGUCCGUUCCUCUAUCCUCUGUUCGGUCUGGGCGAGGUGCCUCAGGGCUUUGUCAGGCUCAGCGCCGUCCACGGGAACAGAUACCUGCUGAACCGCCGCGUGGACGAAAUCCUGAUGAAGGAUGGGCGAGUGACGGCGGUGCGAUCCGAGGGCGAAGUCUUCCGCUGUAAGCAGCUGAUCUGUGACCCGAGCUACGUGCCGGAGCGCGUGAAGAAGGUCGGUCGCGUCAUUCGUGUCAUCUGCUUACUCAACCACCCCAUCAAAAACACCCACGACGCCAACUCCUGCCAGAUCAUCAUCCCACAGACGCACCUCAACAGGAAGUCAGAUAUCUACAUCUGUCUGCUGUCCUUCGCUCAUAACGUGGCGGCAGAAGGGAAGUAUAUGGCUGUGGUCAGCACGAUGGUGGAAACCUGCAACCCGGAGAAGGAGGUCGCUCCCGGUCUGGCCCUGCUGGAGCCCAUCCUGGAGAAGUUUGUGAGUGUCAGUAACCUGAUGGUCCCCAUCGAUGACGGCCGCCGGAGUCAGAUCUUCGUCUCACGCUCGUACGACCACACGCCACACUUUCAGACCGAGACGGAUGACAUCCUGGAUCUGUACCGGCGCGCCACGGGCUCAGAGUUCAUCUUCAGGGAUCCCAGAGACACCGACGCCGACUCUGACGACUGAACGAGCGUCACAACAACAAACCCAUGAGAGAUCCUUCA